AUGGAAGACGAGAAUAAUCGUGGAGAAGGUGACCAAAGGCGCCCACCGAAUUUGGCGAGAGAAAUCGUCAACGAGCAAGAGCAACGCCAACUAAUCAAUCCACCGCCUCGCCAACGAGCACUGCAUGAGUACACCGUCCCGACACUUAAUGGCACCCAACAACUAUUCUGGAAAAAGGAAAUACAUGUGGACCUUAUUAGUUUUUCUUCCCAUCAUAUUGAUGUUGAGGUCCGCUCGCAACACAAUAAUUUGAUUUGGAGGUGCACAGGGUUUUAUGGCUACCCGGAGCAUGAGAACAAACCGAAAUCUUGGGAUCUGUUGAGAACUCUCCAUCCUCACAGGAGUUUGCUGUGGAUGAUAGGUGGCGACUUUAACGAGAUAUUAAGCAACUCGGAGAAUGAGGGGGGACUUGCGCGACUGCCCUAUCAGAUAGAGGCUUUCCGUGAGAUCCUUGAUGUUUGCAACUUAUCGGAUAUUGGUUACGAGGGUUAUCCAUUUACGUGGACUAAUAAGCGAGAGCAUCCUAACACCAUCAGAAGUCGGCUGGAUCGUGCUUGUGCUAACUAUGAGUGGAUUUCUAUUUUCCCGGAUGCAAAGGCACUUCACUUACCAUUCCUUGGGUCCGAUCAUAUCCCUAUCAUGGUUGCACUACAGAGAGAACCGAGAGUUAAUAAACGCAAACUUUGUAGACCAUUUAGAUUUGAAGCAAUGUGGAUUGGACGGGGUGAGUGUGAGGAUAUUAUCCGACAGACGUGGGGAGAGAACGUCACAUCCGAGCCUAUGGAGGACCUCAUUUGGAAGAGGAAUGAAUGA